ACUCGCGGCGCCGGCACAGCGACAAGCGCCCCGCGCUUGCCUCCUCCCCGGCCCGGCCGCCUCCUGCAGGCAGCUGCUCCGUCCGCGCGGGGAGCUCAGCCCGGCGCCCCGCCUCGGCGCCCAUGACCAGCGACUUCCAGAAGUCCUGACGCCCCAGCACCGCGGACAGCGUCUCCGCUGCCCAGCUCCGUGGGGAUGUCCUCGUCGCGCCGCCACGACACGGGCGGGACUCUCCCGGGAUGACACUCCUAGCUUGGUGCACUCGGGGUGCAAAUCCGGCCACGAUGAACGCGAGCGCCGCCUCGCUCAACGACUCCCAGGUGGUGGUAGUGGCGGCCGAAGGAGCGGCGGCGGCGGCCACAGCAGCAGGUGGGCCGGACACGGGCGAAUGGGGACCCCCUGCUGCGGCGGCUCUGGGAGCCGGCGGCGGAGCUAAUGGGUCUCUGGAGCUGUCCUCGCAGCUGUCGGCUGGGCCACCGGGACUCCUGCUGCCAGCGGUGAAUCCGUGGGACGUGCUCCUGUGCGUGUCGGGGACAGUGAUCGCUGGAGAAAAUGCGUUGGUGGUGGCGCUCAUCGCGUCCACCCCGGCGCUGCGCACGCCCAUGUUCGUGCUGGUGGGCAGCCUGGCCACCGCUGACCUGUUGGCGGGCUGUGGCCUCAUCUUGCACUUUGUGUUCCAGUACGUGGUGCCCUCGGAGACUGUGAGUCUGCUCACGGUGGGCUUCCUGGUGGCCUCCUUCGCCGCCUCUGUCAGCAGCCUGCUGGCCAUUACGGUGGACCGCUACCUGUCCCUGUAUAACGCGCUCACUUAUUACUCGCGCCGGACACUGUUGGGCGUGCACAUCCUGCUUGCCGCCACCUGGACCGUGUCCCUAGGCCUGGGGCUGCUGCCCGUGCUGGGCUGGAACUGCCUGGCAGAGCGCGCCGCCUGCAGCGUGGUGCGCCCGCUGGCGCGCAGCCACGUGGCGCUGCUCUCCGCCGCCUUCUUCAUGGUCUUCGGCAUCAUGCUGCACCUGUACGUGCGCAUCUGCCAGGUGGUCUGGCGCCACGCACACCAGAUCGCGCUGCAGCAGCACUGCCUGGCGCCACCCCAUCUCGCCGCCACCAGAAAGGGUGUGGGUACACUGGCUGUGGUGCUGGGCACUUUCGGCGCCAGCUGGCUGCCCUUCGCCAUUUAUUGCGUGGUGGGCAGCCAUGAGGACCCGGCGGUCUACACUUACGCCACCCUGCUGCCCGCCACCUACAACUCCAUGAUCAAUCCCAUCAUCUAUGCCUUCCGCAACCAGGAGAUCCAGCGCGCCCUGUGGCUCCUGCUCUGUGGCUGUUUCCAGUCCAAAGUGCCCUUUCGUUCCAGGUCCCCCAGCGAGGUCUGAAGGGCUUGCUCCGUGUCCUCUCACCAACACCACACCCCAACAAGCCAGCCUUUGGUAAGCUUGGUGCCUGCUGACGAACUCUGAGAUCCCAAUGGUGUGAGUCUGACUUUGGAAAGAAAAAGGGACUAAAGAGAAAUGUAACAAACUCACAAGGACAAAGAGGCUUGUUGGCACUUUACAUAUACAGUGUAUACAUGUGUACAUAUAUAUACAAAUAUUUGUAUCUUCUGGAGGUGUUCAGGAUGUGGAGCUUCCUAUUCUGUGAAAAAACAAGAAAAAGAUAUGGUUGUAUACUCAAAUUGUACAUCACAUUUGUCAAACGAAGACAUUCCAAUACUGCUUAAUUAUAGCACUUUAUUUUUAGCUGCUGAACUGCCAAAACAGUGUUGCCAUUUUCAAGGGCAGGGAAAAGGGAGUAAAAGGUGUAUUUUUGUUGUAUGUGAUAGAAUAUUUUGCUGCACAUGCAUCAACAAAUUACAACAUAUUUUGUACACGAAUAAACCCAUUACAAGAAUGUAA